AUGGUACAUGAUCUUGAUGAAACAAUCAAAGAAAGAAAUAUUAAAAAAAUGAUUGCACACAAACUCGGAACUAAUACUAUUAAAUUCAAUAUUAAAUUUAAUGAACCUAAAUAUACAAUUGUUAGUUUGGAUGUUCCUGAAUUUUGUAUUCAUGUUACAAAUAUACCAAACGAUGUAAAUAGUGACGAAUUAUCAACAAUUUUCAAAGUAGAUAUUGUCAAUAUUCUUGUACAACCACAUAAUGAAUUAAAUGAUCAUCUGGUAGAAAAUAGUCGUAUACAAGUUGAAGCUUGGAUAAAAGAGAUUGACAAUGAACAAUCAACACAAAAAUUAGCUAAAGAAAAACAUGGAUUAUAUUUACGUGGUUUUAGAAUUCAAUGUCAAGAUAUAUGUGUUACAUUGGAAAUAUUUGAAUUAUGUGAACAUUUUCAAAAUGAAACAUGUUCAUAUUCAAUCUGUUGCGAUAUGAAACAUAUACAAUGUGUUGAACCGAGUACAUGUGGGAAUAUACAACGUUGGUAUGGACAUGAUUCACAGCGAACUACAAGAUCAGAACGUCGAUCUAUAUCAAGUGAAGAUGGUUAUCGUGUACGAAUCGCAAAUUUUCCACUCAAAGCUACACGAGAAGAAAUAUUCAAACAUUUACCAUCAAAAUUUCCUCGAAUUAGAGAAAAUCUUAUUUUAUAUAAUGAAUCAAAUCCAACAAAACUAAUAAUUGCUUAUGUUAUCGAUCAAAAAUCAGAGAUUAUAGCUAAAAGAUUAAUUCAUUCAUGGCAUAAUCAACAAUUUCUGCAAGAUCAACCGAGCAAAAUGAAAUGUCAAUUAGAGAUUAAUGUUGAAAAUUUCAAUUCAACUAUUGGAUUUCUCAUGUCGAUGGCACCAUAG